UUCAUAAGUAAGAUUAAGGUUAAUGUUCUAUAUCAAGAUGUAUGAUUAUUCAUUGUUGAGAUAUUUAAAAAAAAAGAGUUUUUUUUUGUUAAAUAGUUUUGUCUCUGGAUUAUGUUUAAUCUAAAAGCUAUAUGAUAUUAGAUGUGAAUUGCUUCUAAAUAAUUUACAAUUUAAGAUUCACAUACCAGUAUUAAACUUCUUAUCACUUGGUUUAUUUGAUCUAAACAAUGGAAACUGAGCCUGAUGAGUAUCAUGAUUGUUUUAUGCAGGAUGGGGUACUUUUAAAGCAAGCACCUUCGUCUCAUAUGACUGCAUUAAAUACCAUUGGAACACUGUAUAUCUACGAGGUUACAAGAAGUGGAGAAAGUUGUAACAAAAAAUUAUUACUUGAGUGGAAACAAAAUGAUAUUACUGUGGACUCCGAUGUACAAUAUCAAGAAUGGGCAGUGGUCAACACUGUUCAAAAGAGAAUAAGAACACUUAGUGAAAAUAUGCCAGAGCAUCACAAUCGAUCAAAGAGCCUUAAAAUUAAUUUUGACGAGAUUAAAAGUUUCAAGGUGUGCAAUAAAAAUAGACAAUUAACCUUUUAUGAUGGAACUUCUGAACGUAUUUGUGGUUUCCUUUUCCAACAUGGUAAUUGUGAACAUUUGGUUGGCAUGUUAAAAACAAUUUUAAAAGUGGGAGUUUCAAGACGAGAUAAACAAAUAUAUGUUGUUUAUGACAGUAACAGCCCUGAAUUCCAAGAGUUAAACAGAUCAUUUGCAGCAUUAAAUUUAAAAAAUGAGGACAAUUCAUUUUGGCACAUGUUUAAACAUUUCAAAGAGAACCCAUAUGAAGGCAGUCUUGGAGCCUUUGCAAAAGUCACAAAUUUCGUGUAUCGUAGUGUGGAGGGUUCAGAUCCAGACAUACUUAGCAGGGAUGAGCUAUAUUCAUCAAUUACUGAAUUGGAUGAUGGAGUUCCACAUUCCGGGGGUGAAUAUGAAGUUAUUAACGCUUUACCCCAGUUACCUCGUAGAAAAGAAUUUCCAAGAUGUAAUCCAUUAACAGAAGAACAAUGGAGAAGUCAGUUUAACUCACUUGGCCAACUUGAGGAUGUUGACUCAAUAAAAAAUUUAAUAUUUCGGGGAGGUGUGAGUCCAACCAUACGCAAAGAAGUAUGGAAGUUUUUACUAGAUUAUUUUCCUUGGGACAGCACUGAUCUAGACAGACAACAGCUAAUAAAUAAAAAAAAUGAAGAAUAUUAUGUCAUGAAACUCCAAUGGAAAUCAAUUAGUCAAAAACAAGAAGAUAAUUUUUCAGAUUAUGCACAGAGAAAAUGUCAGGUUAUCAAAGAUGUAAAUAGAACAGACAGAACUUUAGAGUUUUAUGCGGGUGACAACAAUAUCAAUAUUCAAACUUUGGGUGAUAUACUGAUGACCUAUGUAAUGUACAACUUUGAUCUAGGAUAUGUCCAAGGCAUGAGUGAUUUACUUUCUCCUAUUUUAUGGCUAAUGCAAGACGAGAAUGAUUCUUUUUGGUGCUUUGUAGGAUUUAUGGAAAAAGUAAUGUCAAAUUUUGACAUAGACCAGGCAGGCAUGAAAGAACAGCUUACACAACUCCGAGUAUUAUUGUCAUUUAUUGAUCCAGUGUUAGCAAACUACUUGGAAAAACAUGAUUGCGGAAACAUGUUCUUUUGUUUUCGUUGGCUCUUAGUUUGGUUUAAAAGGGAAUUAAAUCAAGAUGAUAUUUUAAGAUUUUGGGAGGUGCUUUGGACUGGUUAUCCAUGCCAUAACUUCCAUUUACUGGUGUCUGUAGCAAUUUUAGAACACGAAAGUGAGGCACUGAUGGAAAACGAUAAUGGUUUUACUGAGAUUCUUAAAUAUAUUAAUGAACUAAGUGGCAAACUGAAUAUGGAACUCAUGCUGAACAAAGCUGAAGGCAUAUAUAAUCAAAUAAAGGAAGCUGAUCAUCUUACAGAUUCUGUUAGAAGUAUUCUUGGUUUGCCUCUUAUAGGUACUAAAAAUAGAGGUAGUGAAGAACAGUCCAGUCAGCAAGAAAGUCCGUUUGAGUCACCAGAUCUAAGUACCCCAAGAACUGAGCCGUGUUGCUCAGUUGAUAAUGUUAGAAUAAGCCCAGAUGAAAUAGCUUUUGAAAAAUCAAUUAGUUCUAGCUUUUUAUAAUAUUGUUCAUUUUUAUAAAUCACACUACAUUAUUGUAUAUUACUAUUAAUAUUACUUAUUACUACAUAUUACUACAUUAUUUCUUACAUAUUACUACAUUAUUUCUUUAUUGUAUAUUAUUAUUGAAAAUUUUUAUGAAAUAUUAAUAAAUUUGUAAGUUUA